AUGUCGUCCUCAUCUCAGGGAGAUCUCCCUUCGGGCACUCCGACCAGCUCCAGCUCCAGGUCCGGAUCUCACACGCCCCACCAAAACCCAACGAACUCCAAUUCCUACCAAUCCGCCGCCUCAUACUUUUCUUACCCAGUUAGCCACGUUGUCUCCGGUCUCUACAGACGUUUAACAGACCCCAGCAUUGCUGCCCCCGCGAUGCCCUCCAACUCCCCAUGGUCUUCUCCCGAAGUCUACACCCCUCGCCGAACCGCCUCUCCCUUCCAACCUCCCCCUCUCACCCCUCUCAGCCUCACAAUCCCUAAAGGCGCCGACCUCCUCCAACAACAGCUUCUAACCCGCGUGCUGGCUGAGGAAAUCCGCCUCCUAGUCCCUGCGCGUCUCCAACUCGUCGAGAACUGGCGCCUCGCCUACAGCCUCGACCGUGAUGGUGCCUCCCUGGCCACGCUCUACGAUAACUGUGAAGAAUUCUCUCACCGUAGCCCGCGGGCGGGCUACGUCCUCGUCAUUCGCGACUCCUCCCCCACCGGCGCCGUAUUCGGCGCCUACAUGACCGACGCGCCGCACCCUAACUCUCAGUUCUUCGGCACUGGCGAAUGCUUCCUCUGGCGCGCUAGCGUGCUGCCUCCACCAUCCAGCCUUGGUCUCGCUUUCCCCGGUGACGGACCUCAGUCUGAAGAAGCGCUUGAACGCGCUGGUCUCCCGCCUCCCCCUUCCGCUGACACAACGCACGCUGGACGAUGGAGUACGUUGCGCAAUGACCCGAAAUCGAAAUCGGAGUCUCCUGCACACAACUUAAACCUUAAUAUCAAGACUAGCCUUGCUGCCGCUAGUGGUGGAGCUUUAGCGCCCCCAUCGCCAUCGUCAAUACAUACCUCCCGGAGCGGGGCGAGUACUCCUGAACGCAUUCGUUUCAAGGCAUUCCCGUAUAGUGGUGUGAAUGACUAUAUGAUGUUCUGUGAGACCGGAUUCUUGAGUCUCGGUGGCGGUGAUGGACACUAUGGUCUGUGGGUUGACUCUGGCCUUGAAAAGGGUGUCAGCGCGCCUAGUCAGACUUUCGGAAAUGAGCCAUUGUCUGAUGAAGGUGUUAAGUUCGAUAUUCUUGGGAUCGAAGUUUGGUAUGUCGGUUCCUGA